CAACGGCAGUAGGUUCGUGUACGAGGAUGUUGGCCAGGGACCAUGAUGUCCUGCGCCGCUACUGUAUCCAAUUCAAUUUCGGUGGUGCGUACUCCAUGCGCGUCUCUUGUUGAUGCGCGUUUCCAUCUCAAAAUUUAUCCAUCGAUUCGCAUAUGUCGAAGAACUUUGCUGGGUGCGAAUUGCGUGUUCGGGCUUCCCAAGCACUGCAUCCGAGGAGCGGACCGUCCAUCAUCUCGCUCUUCACGUCGUCUAUUCCUGGGGGACGGGAAACGCCUCGCCUUGACCGUCCCUGCCGGCUCAACAGCGACGGAUUGAACGUAAUAAGGAGUCGAGCAUCUCUUCUACGGCUGCCGCACUCAGCGUCUGUAGGCUUGACUCUGUUCUGCCAUGUCGUUUUGCGAGGGGGAUGGUGCCUUUGGCCCACAGUCUUCUUGUCGGAAUUUUGACUUUACGGUCGUUUUCGAGAACGGUGUGCUCACAAUCCUUCCCAAUGGCCUGUUUCUCUUGACGGCGAUCAUUUUCGCCGUGCAGACGCGACCUAGACUCUCCCUUUCUAGAAGACAUAUUCCCGUUUUCAUUCCAUUCUUUCUCCUGCUCACUACCGGCGCCUUGAGUAUCGGCGGGUGGAAGACUGCGUCCGCGGAACUUCCGCACAAGGCGAACGCUCUCGUCACAGCUGCGUUGGCACUUGACCUCGUGUCUGCACUGGUUCUCAUUCUCUUGAUUCCGAUCUUCGGACGCUCAAGAUACAUCUUGUUCGUGGCGUCGCUCUAUCUACUUCUAACGCUCAUUCUCGACACAUCGCGAGUCCGCACGUUCGCGAUUGCCGGAUCCGCUGCGACAUCGGAGUUGUUCUUCGCAUCUUUCCUGGCUCACUACGCUACUCGGUUUGCCUCUCUCGUCGUCUUGUCGUUCCCGUCUCUCUUUGCGAAAAAUGAUGGCGCGCUUGAAAACGCCGGAUUCCUCUCUCACAUUUUCGUAACUUGGGCACUCCCACUCAUGUGGAAAGGGCGCCAUGGGAACCUCGAGAUCGAGCAAUUACCCAGCCUGGACCCCGACAUGGACACGACGGAAUUGUACGCGCGCUUUGAAGUCUAUUGGAAGGCUGAGAGGACCACGCAUGGCGACAACGCUUCUCUAGUGCGCGUGCUCGCUCUGACAUUCUACCCGACAUUCCUCGGACCAGUAGUCCCGGCAGCUAUCCGCUCGCUAGCGCAAGCCGUCGAACCCCUUAUGGUCAAUGCGAUCAUCAAUUUUCUUCAGUCAUAUACCACCAGCGGCGAGACUCCCGAUCCGGCGCAGUGGGGUUGGGCGCUAGCCGGGGCGUUUGCUAUCGUCUUUCUCGGGCUGGCGGGCGCCACUGGCCAAUAUUUCUAUUACGUUUACAGGGGCGGGGCGUACAUUCGUGCUGCGCUUGUCGAAGCCAUCUAUCGGAAGACUCUCGUACUGUCGGCGGACUCUCUUGCAGACGCUGCCGGCGGAGAUGCGUCCAACCUCAUGAGUGUCGACAUCGAACGUAUUACUCUCGCCAUUGACCCGCUUCACCAGUUAUGGUCGUCACUGGUUGUCAUCGCCAUCGGCCUAUACAUUCUGUGGACCCAGAUCGGCACUUCUUUUGUUGCCGCAGUCAUCGUGACGGCAAUCUGCAUGAUUGCUACCCCUCUUCUCUCUCGUCACAUCGACGAUCUCCAGGAUGCAUGGUCGGGCGUCACCGACAAGCGAGUUCGCCUCAUAUCAAGCAUCCUGCAUCAGAUCACUGGGGUGAAGUUAUCUGCAUACGAGCCCGAGUUGGUCCGCAAGGUGGAGGAUGUGCGCCGAACAGAGCUCGCGGCCAUGAAGCGCUUCUGGACGGACUUUGCCGUGGUCGUUUGUGUCACGAACACCGCAAUGAACAUGCUCAGUCUCUUCACACUCGGCGCCUAUGCCAUCGUCUCCUUCCUGUCGGGCUCCGGUUCCCUUACGACUGCGCGUUUAUUCACGUCGUACACCGUGCUCACGAUCAUUGCGGCACCACUCUUCUCCGUAGGACAGAAUUACGGUACUGUCCUGGCGGCGUACGGCAGUCUCAAGCGCAUUCAGUCAUUCCUGAAUGCCCCCGAACGCAAGGAUCCCCACGCCGUCGACUUGAGCAUCACAGACAAGUCGGACUCGCCCGCCGAUGAAAAACCCAACGAGCUCGGUUUCGCUACCGGCACGCUCGAGCUGCGAGGCACCUUUGGAUGGGGUGAGAAGAAGGUGCUGGAGAGCAUCGACCUCCAGAUACCUUCCGGCAAGUUCACCGCAGUCGUCGGUCGUGUCGGGACAGGGAAGACCACCCUUCUCGCGUCUCUCCUAGGCGAAACGACAGCGUUCGGUAGUAUUUCGCGCACUCCGAUUCGCAACGAAAUCGCCUUCUGCUCCCAGGUUCCAUGGCUGCGUACAAGUUUGUCCAUCGAGCAGAACAUCCUGUUUUCGUCCUCCAUGGAUCGUGCUUGGUUCAACACCGUCGUCCAUGCAUGCGCUCUUGACAUAGACUUCGGUGCGAACAACCUGGACAGUAGACUUGCCAAGGGUUUAAGCGGUGGUCAGAAGGCCCGCAUCGCUCUCGCGCGUGCGGUCUACUCUCGUAGUACUGUCGUGCUGCUGGAUGACGUCUUCGCUGCUCUCGAUGGUACCACGUCGGCCCAUGUCUUUGAAGCUCUCUUUGGGGCAUCCGGUCUUCUCAAGGAUCGUACAGUGGUCAUGACGACCAACAAGGUGUCGCAUCUGCAACACAUGGACUGGAUUGUCAUGCUCGGCGAUAAUCGGGUCAUCGAGCAAGAUAGCUAUGCCCGUUUGCUGAGCGCCGAUGGCCCAACCAGUGCUCUUGUCAAGGAACACGUCCAGACCUCUUCCGGUGUCAUGGAGGCCGUUCAGCAGGUCACCAAUUUCGACGACUCGCUGGAAGACGUCGACAAGGCUGAGGCUGAGCAAGAGGAGAUCGACGCGAUCCAGCACGGGUCGAACGGCUUCGCUGCAUAUCUCCACUACUUUGCUGGCGCCGGAUACCCUUCGAUGCUCAUAUACGCCACAUUUCUCGUUGUAACCGUCGGGAUUCAGAUCGUCACCCCCGUUUACCUCCAAUUGUGGGCUGCAGCAAACGAUCACGGCUCAGGUUCAGCGUCUUCUAUCCUUGGUCGUUACCUCGGCGGAUAUGCCGCAGUCGAGGUUGCGUACAGUAUCGCCUUCACGACUGUGUUCUACUUCUUCAUCAUGAGCCUUGUGCCUAGAGCGUCGACAGCGCUACAUGCGAACGCAUUCAAGGCCGUGAUGGCUACUCCCGUGUCGUUCUUUGGCAGCACCUCCAUCGGAAAGGUCAUUAGCCGGUUCAGCCAGGAUGUCUUUAUCGUCGAUUUCGAGUUCCCGCUCGCGAUGCAUGACUUCGGCUACGAGUCCACGCGCAUGAUCGGUAGCGCAGUCCUGAUGAUCGUCUCCGUUCCCUAUUUGGCCAUAGUCGUCGCUUUCAUGCUCGUCCUUGUCUACGUCAUCCAGAAGUUCUACUUGGCAACCUCGCGUCAGCUUCGCAGACUUGACUUGUCUAGCAAAGGCCCCCUGUACACGCUCUUCUCAGAGACGGUCGAGCUCAACGGUCUACUUACCAUCCGUGCGGCUGGGAAGGGUGUACCAUACGCCGCUGCCAACUCCGCACUCCUCGCGCGAUCCCAGAUGCCCUUCUAUUUGACGAAUGUCUCUCGUCUCUGGCUCGCGACGAACAUUGGCGUUAUGACUGCCGUCAUCAACACCUGUUUUGUCCUCAUCGCUGUCGGCAACCGAUCGAGCACCUCUGCUGGACUCUUCGCAGUCGGUUUGUCACAGGCCGUCUCGCUUCAGGAUAUCAUCAGUCUUGUGCUCACCUCUUGGACGCAACUGGAGAUCGCUGCCGUCGCAAUCGAGCGUAAUCUUGAGUAUACCAAGCUGGCGCCUGAAGAGGAUGAUCACGCGUCCUCUGGUAAUGUGGACACGGACAAGUUGUGGCCGUCGCACGGCACGAUCGAAUUCGACAACGUGAUUGCAAGUUACGAAGGGCAGACAGAGCCUACACUGAAGGGUAUCACGAUGACCAUGGCGGGCGGCAGUAAUGUUGGACUUUGUGGGCGCACUGGAUCUGGCAAGAGUACGAUGCUGCUCGCUAUUCUGCGGGCCUUGCACGUCCGUGGCAAGAUCACGAUCGAUAUGGUUGACACCGCCGAUGUUUCUCAUCGAACUCUGCGGCGAAACAUCACUGUGGUGCCUCAAGAGCCUCUCAUCAUUGAUGGGACCAUACGCGAAAAUGUGGACAUCUCCGGCGACAAGUCCGACGCAGAGAUCUGGGAAGCCAUUGAGGCUGCUCAGCUCAAGGACGUCAUUGGAGGUUUCGACGAAAAACUCGAUCAAUCCCUGAGUGCUCGUGGCAACGAGCUGUCAAAGGGACAGACGCAACUUCUCGCGCUCGCUCGCGCGCUACUGCGAAAGAAUAAGAUCGUUCUGCUGGACGAGGCGACUGGGAACUUGGAUGUGGAGACGGAUAAGGCGGUACAGGAAACAAUCCGUGCUGCCUUCAAGGAAUACACUGUUGUGACCGUGGCUCACCGCAUCGGCACGAUCGUGGAUUACGAUCAAGUUGCAGUUUUAGAUGCGGGGAGGGUCGUCGAGAUCGGGAAACCUUCACAACUGCUAGAGAAUGAGGAGAGCGCGUUCGCGCGAUUGCAUAACGAUUCAACGAUGUAGAAGGGACUAAACGAUUCAGUAGCUUAUGAGUACUUGAUAAACAGAUAAUAGUUCACGAUGCGGUCCUGCUAACUGGGAGGAUGCAAAACUGAGUUCAUGGGACCAUAUUGACAGCGGCAUAUAUAGACGUUCUCUCUUCGGCGUUAUUCGAAUCGACUAGUUCCCUGAAGCGAUCGUUUACCUUAGGAAGUAGCUCUUGAUGUUUGUCG